GAGGAGGAGGAGGAGGAGGAGAAGGAGGAGGAGGAGGAGCAGCAGCAGGAGGAGGAGGGAGCAGGAGGAGGAGGAGGAGCCCUUGGGCCUCGAGGCCCUGGCCAGCCGAUCCACACAUCCACGGCGGGUGCCGGUGAGCCGAGCUGGCAGACGCCCGGAGGCCAGCCCUCGGCGGCCGCGGCAGGCGCGGUGGGCCGCGGGGCUCGGCGCCGCUCGCGCGCCCCCGGGCUCGAGGCUCGAGGGAAGCCUCCGGGCACUUUCCUCGGCGAUCGCCGGGGCUGCCGGCUUCGGGCGGCUGCGCCCUGCCAUUCGCCGAGGGGCGUCCGGGGAAGACGCGCGGAGGCCAGGGGAGGCAGAGGGAGAGACGGGGGUGAGGACGAGGAGCAAGAGCAGACACUAUACAGCCGAUGGCAGUAG